CAUCCCACCUCCUGUUCCACACACAAUAACACUGCUUAUGUUUUGCAAGAAUUUUACAUUGGCAUUGCUUGAAUGUCUUUUGUCUGCCUUCCCCUCUGAAGCCUCUCAGAUGAAGGAGAAAAGUGAAGAGGUGAACAGGCUACACUUUAGCACGGAGAAGACAAAAUGCCAAACCUGUGAUAUUUAAGGGGGUAAGAGACACAAACCAAAAGCCACAUGAAGCUGAAGACAGACUUAUGCUAAGAACAAUGGAUACCCAAAAAGCGAAUGGCAUCUCUCCAAAAGAGAAUGGGAGCCAAAGAAGACCACCCUCCUAUUCUGUAGAGACGCCCUAUGGAUUCCAUCUGGACCUGGACUUCCUUAAAUAUGUGGAUGACAUUGAGAAGGGCAACACCAUCAGGAGGGUGCCAAUGCAGCGAAGGCAAAGAGGGCGAAAUAAUGGUGCCCUGUCACGUAACUUAAGCCUUCCGGGUUAUGGGUGCAGAGCUACAGAGUGGAGCUCUAUCAGUACUUUAUGGCCCAAAACCAAACUAGGAGACUCUCAACAACAUUUUGAGUUUCGAUCUAGUGACAGUGUGUCUGCUGGCUAUGCCAGGAGGGGAGAGCCCAUCUACAAGUCCUUCACAUCUGCAGAGAUGGAAGCUGAUAUUCAGGCUUUUGAUGAGCAGCCUUUAGGACAUUAUGUCAGGCCAAAUCUCUUGAGAGCCUCCAGUUUACCCUUGACUGUUUUACUGAGAAAACACUCUGAGUCAACCGAUGGUCCAACUAGCCCCAGCAGCCCCAAGGAAUAUUUAAUGCGGGAAAAUGGUUCCUCUGAAGAUGUAUUCCAUACAUCCGACAGCAGGAUGGGUAGGGCAAAUGGGACCCUCCAGCGGCUCUCUGCAGCACUUGAACGAGUUGGGGAAUUGGAAGAGGAGAUCAGAAUCAUUCCUGAGCUCAAAGCUCAGAUAUGUAUUUUGCAGGAGGAGCGAGAGAGGCUUUUAGUCCAUUUACAUUCCCAAAACAAAACCACUGGGCCACUGAAUGUUCCUACUGCUUCUCUACACAUAAAUAACUGGGACAGUCCCUCGUCUGCCAGAGAAAAUCAAGACAAAGCAAGUGAUGACUGGAUGAAUCGAGAAUAUGACCGACUUGAGAAAAAUGUCAAGGCUUCUUCAGAACAAGUUGAAGCAGUUGCAAUGCCUUCAACUAGAAUUCUUCCAGAGAUAGAAAGACAUAAGACGGUCUCACGAGAAAAAGAUCUCUUAGAUAAUGGAGACAAAACCAAGUCUCUCACUGAAACUCUCCAGAGGAAAGUUGUUUUGUUGGAACAGAAACUUCAUGAACUGGAGGUCGAGCUGGAUAAGACAAGAACUCUGCUGAAGCAGCAAGUAGAGGAGAGUCAUCUCAAGGAUGAGAAGAUUAAGCAGUUGACUAUACAGCCGGGGAACACACUGGCCAGGAUGAUUUCAUCUGAGAUCUUCUUAGCAAGUAAACAAAAUCUUGAAACUUUGGUAGAAUUGCAGGAACCAAUAAUAAGUGAGCAAGAGAUGCCAACAGAGGAGGGAAUCCCCCCUCAGGUUCUGGAUCAACCUCCAGUAUCACAUGCAGACAUGGAGCACCAUGUGAAAAGAUUGCAAGAGCUCCUUCAGGAGCAGUGGGAAUGCCUUUGCAAAGGUGACUCAUCAGGACAAAUGUCUUUCGAUCACUUGCCGCCAAGGGUCUGCACCAUUCAAGAGCAGUUAUCAACUUUAGUCACCCUUCUAUCCCUCUAUGUGUUUCCUGCUGGGGAUGUUUCUCAACCAGACUAUAAAAUGAAGGAAAUUCUUCCUGUAGUGAAAGAGAACCCCAAGACAGAACGUCUGCGUAAAGUCAGCACAAGAGAAAGUGGGAGUGUGGAGACAGAGGGAGUAAGUUAUGCUAUCAAACUACAAGAGCAUACAGAAGUGGAUGCUGACCUCAACAAGAAUACGACAAAGGAAGAAGGCAAACUAUGGACCACAUGGACAAUGGACUCCAGUGUGCAGACAAGUAAAAGUACAAAUACAGAAUUCAAACCAACAGAAGAUGUCGUGUAUGUAGAGACCACAAAAGAAGACGAGCUGCACAAGCAAAUAAGUCAGGGAAGAGCUCUAGAGGAUCAGAUAGAGGAAGAGAGGAAGGAUCACGAUUGUUUGAGAGUGGACUCGGAUCACAAAUCCCUGGCAAUUAAGACAAACAGGGAAGCUGUUAAUAAAGAUUUCAUACAGGCAUGUUGUUUCCUUAAAGACCAUAUGGAUAAAGUGUCAGAACCUGAUGACGAAACGAGCAAGGCUCUCACUGUUGUGUUCCAGCAAUGGUUUCAAAUCUCUGCAGAAGAGGGGGCAUGUCCCGAUAUUGUUGCUUUGUAUCUCAGUGAGGUUAAUUCACGAACACCUACAGUCCUUCAGUUCUUGGUCAACAUGUUGGAUGACAAUGGGAACACCGCCCUGCAUUAUAGCGUGUCUCAUUGUAACUUCAGCAUCGUAAAGGUCCUUUUAGACACAGGUGUAUGUGAAGUGGACCUGAGAAACAAGUCUGGCUACACCGCCAUCAUGUUGGCCUCCUUGACAGCUGUAGAAACACCAGGGGACAUGAAAGUGGUCCAGCAGCUGAUGGAUCUUGGUGACGUCAACGCCUGUGUUGGCCAGGUCGGACAAACAGCCCUCCACUUGGCAGUAAGACAUGGACGUGUCCCAAUGGUGCGUCUCCUGCUAGAACAGGGAGCGGAUCCUAACGCCCAGGAUCACGCAGGAACCACUCCACUGAUCAGCGCAUGUGAUCGGGGACACAUCAACAUUGUGCGCAUUUUGCUGGAGGAAGCAAACUGCAAUGUCAAUUUAAAAGACAAGGCUGGUCGCAGUGCGUUGUCUCUGGCAACACAAGCCUCCCAUACAGAGAUAGCAGACCUUCUGAAAGCCCGCACAGAAACCAAGAGCUCAGACAAAUGCAAGGUGUCUUAGCGUGGAUCUCGCAGUCAUU